AUGCAUGGUGAGAAAGGACCAAAAAACAUCAUGAGGAUAGAUGCCAAAAAGGAUUUGGGCAUCUGGGUCUCGUCAUACUUGUCCUUCACACUGCACCAUGAGAAAUCGGCCCAAAAGGCAGUCGCCAUUAUGCGGAUGAUCCGACGCACCUUCUCCCGUAUUACUCGCAUGGACUUCCAAAUACUCUAUGGUGCCUACGUCGGACCGCUCCUUGAGUGCGCCAACCAAGUUGUCUACUCAGGACGUACGAAAGACGUCACCCUCAUUGAGCGUGUCCAGCGGGCCGCCACGAGAAUGGUUGCCGGCCCCAAAUCCGUGGACUACGAAACGCGUCUCGCGAUGCUUGAUCUCUUUCCCCUGGAGUACCGUCGCCCCCGAGGGGACGUAAUUCCUACUUACGCCCUGUUUGAACAAAGCUUGGCAAACAGGUUUUUUACGGUUGAACAAGCAAACACCCGGCGGGGAAAUACCACUGACCGACAGGAACUAAACCAACCAGGGAAACUUGGGCAAAAGCGUCGAUCCUGUGUAUCAAUCCGUGAAUCCGUGAACCUUGGAGGGCGCCUGCUGCAUUUAAUAGUGUUGGUGCUUCGAUUACUGGAUGAACGCACAAAUAUCACAAAGUUAUCCUUCACGUAUUCAUUUAAGGUCUUCUCAAAUGCCGUGAAGUAUGAAAACGAUACACCCACAAAUUUCUCAAAGGAAGCCACUUCCGAAGCCAUAGCAGACGAAGUUCAAAGCCGAAUCCUUGCGCUGGCGAGCAUACUGAGCCGCGCUGAGAACAUAAAGAUCACUGACCGACAAGGAAAAAGCGACCCGGGAAACUUGAGCAAAAGCCUCGAUCAUGUUUAUCAAUCCAUGAAUCCUAUCGAGGUUGAAGUUGUCUGCAAGAACCACAGGACAAAUUUUGAUAACUCUACUUCUGCUCUGGCUAGAAAGUAG